AUGGCCGCUCCUCCUCCUCCCCCCGGCGGCGACUCGUUGUCUUUAGACGCCGACUCGCGACUGGUCAGCAUCUCCUGCUUCGAUCUGCUCUUGAUUGAACUGGUUCCCUUGGCAGAGCGCAUGGCACGCGCGUACGAGGCGUCUCUCGACCGACCUCUCCCUUCCUCACCGACGGCAUCCUCCUCCUCGUCGACGACAGCCAUGAAACGGACAUCCAAGAGCGGUCCUCCCACGGGCAGCGCAAGCACGGCCGUGGCGACCACGAACCCGUCCGCCCCAAGCAUAACCAUCACAUCCGCCGUCCCCACGACCACGACCACCACCGCAUCCUCACAACCCUCAAACACCACCGCCCUCCUCGCCGCCGACGGUCUCCCCUCCACGACCAUCUUCGCCGACAGCGUCUACGUGCGUCUCGAACGGCUAGGUUUCCGCGUCGGGGAGGGGCUCAGUGAACGCAUCUCGCGGGACAGGCCCCGCUUCAACAACAACCACCACUCACUACCCGGGGCCAGUGGCCUCCACGGUCCCGGGAAUAACAAUGUGGGAAACGUCAAUGAUCACCACCUGGACGUGAUCAAGUUUUUGUGCAAGGAUAUCUGGGGCGUGGUGUGGAGGAAGCAGGUCGACAACUUGAAGACGAAUCAUCGAGGCGUCUUCGUUCUGACAGACAACAAAUUCCGCCCGCUCACGCGCAUGUCCAUGGCCAACCACGCCGAAGCCCUCCAACGCGCUCGUCCUUACCUCUUCUUCCCCUGUGGCGUCAUCCGUGGCGUCCUGAGCAGUUUGGGGAUCAAAGCCACCGUGCAGGCCGAGACGAUAGAGCUGCCUGGGGCGGUUUUCCAGAUCACCACCGUGCAGCCUCAAAUAAGGCCGUGA